AAAUUGAUAAUAGUUCGGGAGAAACAUGGUGAAGCGGCUCUGGAGAGUUUAAAAUAUUGGUAUAAACUGGGCUUUCCUGAUCGGGAGUUUUAGCUUAAAACGGUUGUUGGAGUCAGAGAAGGAAGAGAAAAGUUUUAAUUUAUGUUGCUGUGCAUUUUAUUUUUGGGAAAGAGAGGGCCAGGAUAGAGAAAAAUAAAUAAGCCAGGGACAGAGAGCGUAGAGAGUGUAGGGAUUUUUUAUCUCAAUUUCACCCGAGAUGUAGACUGCACCGGACCUGGACUGCACCGGCGGACCGCGUGCAAAUCCCCCUUCACCUCCACCGUAUGACGACAACGCCCAGACCGGCGCUCCAUCAUUCAACCUCUAUCCAAACCUCACAACAAGGAGGAAACACCCGCUAUCAGCGCAACGGGUUUUAUGGCAGUCCGGUAUACGUUUUCCGUGCAUGGAGACCCAGUGACAUGAAGGACAUAGCAGAAUGUCUCCCGGACCCAUCUGCAGUGGGAGGGGAAUCCCUCGCUACAGCCAUUCUGGAAAUGGCCCAUCACCCAUCGGCGAAGUGCGCCAAGUCAAACUGGGCCUAUGGUGGGGUCGCAUUCAAGGCGACAUUCCCGGGAGAGACCAAGCUGAUAUAAUGUUCGUGGAGGCACCGGACGGCAAGGACGACCACAGGAAAGUGGGGAAAAACAGAGGCAGGUCUGCUUUCGUUGUGGCGCAAUGGAUCAUUGGUCCAACGAUUCUCCAAAAAGAAUCGACAUAGACAAUGGAAGGGCCGACUGGCAGUUCGCAGCUUCCCGUGAAGUGACUGUGAAUCAUCCAAGAGGCAGAGGUGGAAGGGGGCAUUCGCAUUGACGGGACGCAGGAGCAGGCCAGGUCCAAGGAGGAGGGGAGUGUGUUUGGUGGAGGGUGGUGGUACCAGGACCUGGCCAGGACCAGUUGAGCCGCGGGUCUAGUGCAGGACAGAACCCCUCUACCUCUCUCUCUCUGCUGGAACCUUCCUCCAUGGCUGCUAUCAAACCACUGCUGCUGCGUGUGUGUUGGGGGCUGCUGGGUCUCCUCACCGCUGACUGCAAGGUGCGGGCGCAGGGCCGGAUCGUGGGUGGGUAUACCCCAGCACCCAACUCCAUUCAAUACAUAGUGUCGCUGCAGAGCACCCAGGGACAACACUUCUGUGGCGGGGCUCUGGUUCACAGGUACUGGGUGCUGACAGCAGCACAUUGCAAUAUCGGGGCAGAGCAUAUGAUGGUCGUAGCAGGAGACUACUCCAUGAGGACCUUUGAAGGCACCGAACAGUAUUCCAAACCUCGUCUGCUCCUCACACACCCCCUCUACAACAAGAGCACCAACAACGCCGACAUCAUGCUCAUCAAGCUGCGGGCCCCCGUGGUGCUGAACCGCUACGUGUCCCUUGCUGCCCUCCCCAGACAGGGCACCGGCGUCAUGGAGGGCCAACUGUGUCAGGUGUCUGGGUGGGGCUACACCAGCCUGGUCGGGGGCCAGGCGCCCUCCACUCUGAGGACGGUCAAUGUGCCCAUUGUGUCCACGGCGAGGUGCAAUGGCAGCCUGUCUUUCAGCGGGAACAUCACGGCCAACAUGAUCUGCGCCGGCUUCCGGAGCGGGGGCAAGGACGCGUGCAAGGGAGACUCCGGUGGGCCGCUGGUGUGCGGGGGUCGAGUCUACGGCUUGGUGUCCUGGGGCAACGGCUGUGGCAACGCCAAGUUCCCCGGAGUAUAUACGGCGGUGUCCAAGUUCCGUCGCUGGAUAGACCGCAUCAUCUACGGCUCCUACCUGCGCUGCACUAGAGAAGUACUGGACAAGUACUAGACUGGGUGCCAGGGAACAAGUACUAGACUAAGUACCGGGAGAAGUACUACUGUUUCACCGAGAGUGGGAGAGUUCGGUCCAGACAGGUUUUUAAUGCACUGUUAUAGAACAGCAUCACAGCCCCCCCCCCCCCCCCCCC